GGAAAUGGUAUUUUCCGGAAGUGACUUCAUGGCCACCAAUAGGAGUUUCCGAUUCUGCCGGAAGUGACGGACGGAGGCCGGUAGAUCCCGCAACUGUGGAGGGCGAAGUGACCCCGGUGUCACCGCGACGAUGGGCCGCGAAUUUGGGAACCUGAUGCGGAUGCGGCAUGUGAUCACCUACAGCUUGUCGCCGUUCGAGCAGCGCGCCUUUCCGCACUACUUCAGCAAGGGCAUCCCGAACGUGCUGCGCCGCACUCGGGCGUCCAUCCUUCGGGUUAUGCCGCCGUUUGUAGCAUUUUAUCUUAUCUACACAUGGGGGAACCAGGAGUUCGAGAGAUCCAAGAGGAAGAAUCCUGCUGACUAUGAAAAUGACAAAUGAGCAACUCACCUGGAUGAUGUCCCUAUCUGUGAAAGACCCUUUCUUGGGAGAAGAGUAUGCAUUGUGGUGUCUUGAAGACACAAUAAACUUAUUAUGGGCUGCA